AUGUUGUUGGAUCCAUCAGCCACAUACCGGACAGCGAGGUUUCCGCUUGUAGUAAGCCUAUUUGUCGAGUGUGCCCUGUCUGUCGUAGAGAAUUCCCUUCGUCUUUCCCGAGACGCUUUGGAAGGCAGUUGGGAGCCCACGCUCAAGGUUUGGACUGCUCCGCUGAGCGAGGUACGGCGCAGAAGUCUGCGGAAGGCUGGAUCCUUGAUGGAUGUGGUCCGCGUGAUAACCAAUCGAGCCAUACGGUACGGCGCUGGAGCCGCUGGUGCAGUUCAACAUCCGAUCGUUGGGAGUGUAAGGCUGGAAGUCGAGGUUUGGGCGGAGGUUGCCGGCAAAGGCUUUCUGAAGAUCGAGUUGAUCGCGGAGGACAACGAGACUGUCGGGAGAUCUGUCCGUUGCGUAUGCAUCGGCGGAGAAAAACGAAGAAAGCAACGGGGAGGGCACGACUCUCGUGAAGACGUGGCAAUGUCCUUCUUCAUGCCUCUCCUCCUCACUGUCGUCUUCAUCCCGCGGUUUGGGGGGUUAAAUCGGGUGGAGGAGGGAGCAAUGGGUGGUGCUGCGGCGAAGGUUGGGUGA